CAAACGACGCUUGUCGGGAGUACUUUCGACAAGAUGGCGGACGAGGAUAUUACGCUUGAUGGACAGCCUUUACAAUCCCUCCGAGUCGCGGAUUUGAAAGCUGCGCUGGAGCAGAGAAACCUGUCCAAAAGCGGGGCGAAGAACAAACUCAUCCAGCGACUGAAGGGAGCGCUGAUGCUGGAAAACCUGCAAAAGUCUUCCACCACUCACGGCGGACUGCAGCCCAACUCGCAGAUCGGGGAGGAGAUGAGCCAGAAUAGCUUCAUCCAACAGUAUCUCGCCAAGCAGCAGGAACUCCUCAGUCACCGACCUGAGAGAGACGCACAGCUCGACGAGGAUGCUGAUGAAAGCUCAACAAUGCAGGAAGACGACGACGACGACGACCAGUCGGACAACGACAGCUCAUCCGACGUCUCUGACAAGAAUCACCCUGUGGCAGACAGGACUGAAUUUCUGACACGUAGGCCAGAGGGCGCCUCUGCUAACCAGGAAGCAAAGGUGCAGAGGGCCACCUGUCCUCAGGGACACAAAGAGCCACCGGCCCCUUCCCCUCCCCGCGCGGUGGCCUCCCUGUCAGUGCGCGUCCUAGGCCAACCGGACCGCCAGGGACUGCCCCCGGCCUUAUGCAGAGCCCAAGAGAAAGAAGGCGUCGCGCCCAGCGAAACCGGAUCGUCCCACUCGGUCCUCCACCUCAGCAGAUCGGCCGGCGGUCGGGCUCAAGAGGACAGCGACGAAGAUGAGGACGACGACAACGAUAGCGGGGACGACGAGGAUUGGGGACCCGGACCCGGCGCAGCUAGAAAAGGCAACCGGGCACCUCCGCAGAUGCCCGCCAGUGCGGCGAGAUCCAAGCGGAAGCUUCAAGCGCCGCAACACAUCCCGCCGCCGCAGCAGCCACACCAGAACCUAAUGCAACUGCGCCACCCGACGCCCCCUCCCUCGCCACCCCCUGACCUGUUCCCCCUCCCCGAAACGCCCAAGCAGAGCCCGCCGGACACCGACGACAAAGAAGGGGAAAGCUCCGGAGCGGCGCCGCCGCGUCCCGUCCAGAGGCGAGACUCGGAGUCAAGAUCCCGCUCCAGUAGCCCGGAGCCGCCCCCGAAGCGUAGACCCGGCCCACUUUCUCUGCUGGUGCACAAGAUGGAGUCAGAGGAGGCGCAGAGUAGCGCGGUUCCCGACGAGUCUCCGGAGAGCCGGAAGACAGAAAAAUCCACAAGUGACGGAAAGGAAGAAGAGGUUAAAGUACCAGAUGAAGAAGAACCCGGCGAGAAAAAGCAAACUGCAGACGCUCCGGACUCUGGUUCCUCGUCGGAUUCGGACUCGCGGUCAGACUCCUCGUCCAAAUCGUCAUCCUCGUCAUCCAACAGAGUACUGUCACGCCGAAACGCAAUAAAGCCAAAGAGAGCCGAGCUAGGACGAGACGCAGAUAAUGAGACAAAGGCGAAGGGGACAGAGAACGGACACCUGCUGAAAAGAGAAGUGUCCGAACCUAGCGAGGCGUCCGUUUCCGAAGUGGAGCCUCACUCCGAGAGUGCCGAGGCCCGGCAGCCGGACGCGGUGCCCGCGGACGGCGACAACCGCCUGGAAGAGAGCACCACUCCCAAGGCUUUUGCCGCCCGCAAGAUCUCCCUGAGCAGCAACAAGACGCCAAGCGAAGCCGACGGCGGAGCGGGAGACGCCGAUUCCGGGGCCGCGGCGGGGAGGAAGAGGCGCUGGGGGUCCAGCACUGCGGUUACUGCAAAGAAGCCGUCGAUUAGCAUUACCACUGACUCUCUUAAGUCUUUAAUCCCAGAUAUAAAAGUGGCCCAGGAGGCAGUGGUGGACCUGCACCCAGAGGAGCUGCAGCUGUCCGGGGAUGAGGACACCCAGGACAACGGCCAGGGCGACGAGGACGACGGCCUCAAGAUCCGACGCACGGUGACCCAGGUGGUGCCCGGGGUCAGCCAGGAGAACGGGGAGACCGACGAAAAGGAGCCCACGGUGACCGUGGAGCGCGAAACCCCGCCCCUGCCCCCCGUGGAGCAGACAAAGCAAAGUCCGCCCGAGAAGACGCCGGACGUAGAUGUGAAAAAGGGUGAGCUCUUGGAACUCGAGCGUUCAUAUUUGAGCUUUUUGUUGACACUUGUGCGUCCUCAAGCUUCCCCCAAAGAAGCCGUGGUGCGUCGCUCCAUCAGUCAGCAGUGGUCCGGAGUGUCCAUCACCAUCGACGACCCCAUCCGGUCUACGCGGCAACCAUCGCCGCCACGCGGCAAACUCUCAAACAUUGUCCAUGUGACCAACCUGGUGCGACCGUUCACCUUGGGACAGCUCAAAGAACUUCUGAAGCAGACGGGCAGCGUGGUGGAGGAGGGCUUCUGGAUCGACAAGAUCAAGUCGCACUGCUACGUCACGUAUGCUACCAAAGAGGAGGCGGCGGCGACCAGAGAGGCUCUUCACGGGGUCAAAUGGCCUCACAGCAAUCCAAAAGUGCUCAGUGUGGACUUCAGCGAACAGGACGAGCUGGACUUUCACAAAGGCAUACUGAAGCCAACCCGCGAGGAGCCGCAAGUCCCCCAACCGGUCCCGCCGCAGAUUCGACUGCCCCCGCUCAUGCCCGAGCGGGACAAGGAGCGAGAGCGGGACAGGGAGCGUGAGCGCGGCGCCCCGGUCGUGCGGGACCUUUGGGCCGAGCGGCAGCGGCAGAUGGAGCGCCGCGAGCGGGCUCGCGGAGAGCGCGAGUGGGACCGCGACAAGAUUCGCGAGUUCGCCAGACCGGGGGCGGAGAAACGGGAGCGGCGCUCCAGGUCCCGAGACAGAGACCGAGAGCGACGGAGGCGGGAAAGGCCCAAGAGUAAGGAGAGGAAGAGUGACAAAAAAGAGAAAACAGAUGAGCCCCCCGCCAAGCUUCUGGAUGACUUGUUCCUCAAGACCAAAGCAGCUCCAUGUAUAUACUGGCUUCCCCUCACUGAAGAACAGGCGACCCAGAGAACGCUGGAGCGCUCCGAGCGGCAAAAGGAACGAGAGCGGCGCCAGAAAGAGCAGCAAGACGAGCAAGAAAAAAUGCGGAAGGAGCGUCUGAAGGCACGGGAGAAAGGCGGCGGCGACGCCGACCGGGAUAAGGAGCGAAGCCGGAACAAAGACGGUGAGCACCGACCCGGGCGGCCACCGCUGGGAUGGCGCUCCCGCAGCGGCAGCGACACCCGAGACAGGCGCCGCUGAAGGGAGGGAGGGCGGACUUCCUUGGGAUGUGGCCGCCGUUCAGAGGGCGCAACGUUGUCCUCCUGAGGUUUGGGAGGCAUUUUUUUCCCCCUUCAACUUCUGUGGUUCUACAGUUUAUUCCUUCCAAAGCCCUAUAAUAAAGUCCAAAAUAGAUACCCUCUCCUUCAAAACUGUUCUGAGCAAUUUUAGUGUUUCCACAGGUUUUACAGACCAGUGAGGAUUCUGUGUUUUUUAUUUUAACGUUCAUUUUGGAACAUUUGCCCGCUCUAAAAUCUACUUUAUGAAAUUUCAGCGUCAACCUGCACCUGGAAACUUUUUUGUUUGAAUGUGUUUCAGUACAUUUCUGCAAAAUUCCCCAAAUUUAGAGAACAUCAAAUUUGGUUUGUCUUUUAACAGCAGUUUUGACUGUUAUUGUUCAGAUGAUUUUUGUUGUUGUUUGCUGAAUGUAUCUCAAAUCAUUACAAAUAAGAAAAUAAACUUACAAACGCUAGUGACUUGGGAAAAGGUUGGCCUUUGGAUCUCUCUCUGCCGGAGAAGACAAAUCAGAGGCAAACAAACCGGGAAGUUUUCCAAUUCUUUUAUACCAUCUCUGAAAUGUACAACCGCAAAGAAGUCUUAUUUCGACUCUAGUCGGAACGCAAACAUGUUAUUACAGCAUCCGGAAGUGACGGUAAUUGUCCUGAAACUCGCCGGGUUUACUUGAAGAAAAUCUCUUUCGUAGCGUUGAGAUUGAAGUGCAAAACGUUUGCUAACGAAACAAAAAAAAAUAUGUACACUUUAGCAGGGUCCCUUGUUCUUCUACAGCAAUCGAGCAGUAGUUCCUGUUCCCUUACAGUAAUAAUCAAACAGCAGGUAUCGUGUAAUCAAGAGGAACGGUGGGAAUGUCUGGUAUCAGCAGUUACAUGGAGGGCUUCCUCAGUUGCCGCCGCCGCAAACCCGGCUCACGUGACACGGGUGGCAGAGCAGAUGAGAGUCCAGCGGGAAGCACUGCGAGCCGGGCUUAUCUGAGAGCUGCUUGCCGCACUCCUGCGAAGACCAGAUAAGGUCGGAGUGACGUCAAUCCGCGCAAACAAAAGAACGUGACGCUGACUCACCUCGCAGUGGUAGCACUCGAAAUGAUAGUCCUUAUUCAUGGACACCACCCUGAGGAUCUCCUCGCUGCCCUGAAAAAUAAGUCCGGAAGAUCAACCAUCACUGUAGAAAUUUGGGAGUUGGCGAUGCUUACCUCGGUGGGCAAAAUGGGCUGCAAGCAGGCAGCACAUUUGGGGGCGAAAGUCCUGCGGAACAGAAGACACGACUGUUCAGCAAAAAAAAAUCACGUGCGGGGUUUUACGAGGUUCUGAUACUUGUUGUAGUCGGCCACGCAGUAGAUGUUGCUGUGCUGGUCCACGGUGAAGGGCACGCCGUCCAAGGCCUUGGAGCACACCACGCAACGGAAGCAGCCGGGAUGGUACGAGUUCCCCAGCGCCUGCAGGAUCUGGAAGCCAUAACAUCCAUUUUAGGAGUCAGAUGUGAAGGUUUUUGUGGGAAUGUCAAGAACCCUGAGCUGAAAUCGGACAAAGAAUCUCGUCGACCGCACAAGGCAGCUUCUGGACUUUCUCAUCUAUUCAGAGCUGUGGUCAGUUUGUUCACCACUGGCUUUAUUUAUGCAAAAUGUCAAGGGAACGAGACUACGGGUCCAAAAGGAUUAAUUCAGUCUAAUGCUACCAAACCCAACGAACACAUCUUUGAUUAUACACACACGGCAAGAACAGCACAUUAUUUUCAAAUAAUUAAACCCACCAGGACAUCACGACGAGAUGUCAACAAGUGAGUUUAAGAGGAUGCUCGCAGUGCUAAUGCUAACGCUAGGUUACGUUUAGAGUGAAAUGAUGACUCAGGAAACACCUUGAAAGGCUAAAGCAACUUUGCAUAUUCUCUCAUGCAAGAUAAAAUAAAAAUCUUACAAUAUUUUCAAGCUGCUACGGGGUCCUUCAGGGGUCCUACUUUGUCAGCAGUUGUUCACACAGAUGCUUGAUCAAAUUUUUUUCGUUAAUUGGCCGAUGUUGGGGGGGAAAAAAGUCCAUAUAUUGAUCUGAUGAAUCUAUCCGAAACGCAAUUGUUCUCAGCUGGGGGUGUCCAAACUAUGAAAAGUAUGAAAAUAUCACUGCAAAUGGCUACUACAAGCUUAAAUUCAGCCUACACUUUGUUGCACUUCUCAGCUUCAACACUAGAUGGGGCUUGUCAAUUAUGCGCAGCAUCUACAUGAGCAGCACUUCGAUCGCUGCCAUCCGCCACAGUCAAAAUAGAUAGAAUGUCUCUAAAUGAAAAAAAUUACAAAAUAGCUAAAUGAAAUGUUGUGAUACUUUGUAUCCCAAAAGGUUAUCAAUAUGCUCCCGCCAAGAAUAAAAACAAAAACAAAAAAAACAAGUUGCUACGGAGCUCAUAAAGGGACAUCGACAGAAAUUAAAGCAAUCUGGUGCGCACCAGAAACUAUCUGGUAAACAUUAGCGUUAUAUAACAUUUAGGCUAGCGGGCUUUUGCUAUGCAAGUUAGCCAAUUGUUUUAAAUAUUAGCAUUAUAUCGUAUUUAAGCUAAUUGACUUUUGAUAUGCAAGUUAGCUAAUUGUAGUCAACAUUAG